AUGAUUUUUACUCUUUGUACACUUCAGUAUAACAAUGUCAAGCUAUCAGACCUGUGGUUUGCCAGAAAAUACGGGAAAGGUGACGAUCGUAACGUGUACACACUCAUAACAAGUGGGUACGGCUCUGCGCCGGAGUACGUCAUGUCCGGGGACUUCACCAAAAAGAGCGACGUGUACUGCUUUGGAGUGGUGUUACUGGAGAUCCUAACCGGGCAGAGGUUGGCCUGGUUGGCCUGUGCUUCAGAACAGUACCCGCGGAACCUACGACCACGUCUGAGAGACCCGCUCAAGCUAGGGAGGAUCAUGGACCCUGUGUUGAAAGACAUUUACCCGGUGGCAGUGGCACAUGAUGCUUGCAUGGUCGCGUAUAGGUGCCUUCACGCAAGCCCCGGGAAACGUCCAAGCAUGUUGGCUGUUGUGGAGGCGCUUGAUUUGCUUGUUGGUGUCACCAUCGUGGACGAGGUUGAUGUUGGUCAGACAAGCACAAGGCCGUGAUCGUGAGCUAAGCUUUGUCAUCGUUUCCAUGUUAAAUAUGUUGAUCUGAUCUCUAUUUUCUUGUAAACUAUGUAGACGAUCAUUGUCCUUAUGUUUAUA